CAUUGAGUGAUACACACUCUUCUGCUAUCAAUCAUAGAAGGCUGACUGGAAUACAGAAGACAUACAAUAGUUUAGCCAUGGAUGUCACCUGUCCCUAUAACAAUGAGCACAAAAUUCAAGGCACAGAUCUGAGAAUGCACAUUAUGACCUGCCAGGACAGCCGUUGCAAGGAAACUGGCAAUUCUGCAGUGCCACAAGCCACCAAGAAGAAAACUAACUGGAAAGCUUUUCCUGUUCAUUUUAAGCAUGAACAGCCAGAAAUGAAAGUCUAUGGUCCACAAGAUCCAGAGAGACUUCUACAGUGCCCAUAUGAUGCCAAUCACCAGAUAAGGGCUUGUCGAUACCCUUAUCAUCUGAUAAAGUGCAGAAAGAGUCAUCAAGAUGUUGCCAUGCAGCUUGCCACUUGCCCAUUUAAUGCUCGUCAUAUGGUGCCACGUGCAGAACUCAGCCACCAUAUCUCAAGCUGUGAGGAUAAAAGUUGCAUUGAACAGGACAUUGCUGAUGAAAACAGCAUUUACAAAAGAGAUGUGAAGCCUAGCAUGUGGACUUCCCCUCCGUGUUCUGAGGAUUGGGACCAAGAUUUGCAGAGUAAACCGCCUUCUGUGUUCAUGUGGGGGACACCUUCGUACCCUGUGCCUAGUUCUGGAACUUUAAUGGAUCCUAAAUCAAGUCUGGGUUCAAGUUUGCGUGCACCUAAAUCUCUGCCCUAUGUGCUGCCGUGGAAAAUUAGAUUGCUGUAUAACAAAGUUGAACUUUGCAGCGUCAAAGGCGCCUCUAGACGUGUUAACUCUGCAACUGAAAACAUUGCUGUUCCUGCAAAACAAUGUUUUAAGUUGCUGAAUUAA